UUGUGCUGCCGAUGCCGACCCUUCUGUCCCCCGCGGGCCCCGUGGCUGUGUCUCCUCCGGGGUCCGGGCAGGGCUCGUGUGGGGCACGGCCCCCCCGAACGCAGGCACAGUGUGUCAUCGCUGGCAGCCUACGGGGCGCUCCGGGCCAGACUGGUAAAGGUGUAUGGGUGCCUAACCCCAGCUGACGUUCUCGCCUUUAAAAGUCUGGCCCUUAGGGCCCGUAGUUAAACAUAGUUAAAGAGGCCCUCCAACAUAGUUGAAGGGGUUCACACAGUCCACAAGAUUAGGAGUUGCACCGAUUUUAAAGCAGACGGGGCGGUAUGGAGUUCCUGCAAGUGCCUCUGGAGAGCUCAUGCUUUUGGAGAUCAAUUCUGUAUAUUUUGUCAAUAGACAUCCAUUAUGUCUUGGUUUGCUGAUCUUGCUGGAAAGGCAGAGGACCUUCUCAACAGAGUCGAUCAAGGAGCUGCAUCAGCUUUAAGCAAAAAAGAUGGUACAGGGAAUGUAAUAUAUGAUAAUACGAUUUUGGAGUCUGCCGGUGAAUAUCCUGAACUGCACCAGCAAACUGGAGAAUUGAAAUAUCAGACAUCAUCUAAAGCAACCUAUAUCUCCUCUGCAGCUGAUAAUAUUAAACACCAGAAAGCUACAAUCCUAGCUGGAACUGCAAAUGUCAAAGCAGCAUCCAAGAUGUCUUCGGAGGCCUCUUCUCCAGCAGAAAGUGUUUCCACUCCCAGACCUUCUUCCCAGUUUGUAAGAAGGAAAAAGUCUGAACCUAAUGAUGAGCUUUUGUUUGAUUUUCUCAAUAGUUCUGAGAAAGGAACUAAUGGACGGAUGGACCCUAAAAAGGAGAAGAGCAAGACAGUUGUUCUUCAGAAUCACUCUCUGACUUCAAGCAUUAGUUCUAUGCCUACAAGUACACAAAAUGUAAAAACUACUGAAGACAAUUCUAUCAGGAGUCAAAGCCACGAAACUCCUGAUGGCUCUGAUUCUGGAUUGGAUACACAAGUGGAUGUUACAAAAGAUUCAUCACUGAAUACAGCAACUAAUCACAGCCUUUCAGCUAAUGAUGAUUGCAAAUCCCACGAACUGUCCAAUCUUCGCCUGGAGAAUCAACUGCUUCGGAAUGAGGUUCAGUCUUUAAAUCAAGAAAUGGCUUCAUUAAUUCAGAGAUCCAAAGAAACACAGGAAGAAUUAAAGCAUGCCAGAGCAAGGGUUGAAAAAUGGAAUGUUGACCAUUCAAAGAGUGACAGGGUCGUUCGAGAACUUCAAGCUCAGGUUGAUGAUCUUACAGAAGCUGUUUCUGCCAAGGAUUCCCAACUGGCCGUGCUGAAAGUGCGGUUGCAAGAAGCUGAUCAGCUACUGAGUACUCGGACAGAAGCCCUGGAAGCAUUACAGAGUGAAAAAUCACGAAUAAUACAAGACCACAGCGAAGGGAAAAACCUGCAGAAUCAAGCCCUUCAAACUGUGCAGGAGAGGCUACAUGAUGCAGACUCCGCAUUGAAGCGAGAACAAGAAAGUUACAAGCAGAUGCAGAAUGAGUUUGCUGCUCGCCUUAGUAAAAUGGAAGUUGAACGGCAGAACUUGGCAGAAGCAGUUACUGCAGCAGAACGAAAAUAUGUGGAUGAGAAGAGGAGAGUGGAGGAGCUUCAGCAGCAAGUCAAAGUAACUAAAAACAGCUUGGAGUCUGUUAAACAGGAAUUGGUGGACUACAAACAAAAAGCUACUCGCAUACUCCAAUCUAAAGAAAAGUUGAUAAACAGCCUAAAAGAAGGCUCUGGCAUUGAAGGACUGGAUAGCCUUACUGCAAGCACCAUGGAAUUAGAAGAACUGAGACAUGAGAAAGAAGCACAGAAAGAGGAAAUACAGAAAUUAAUGGGGCAGAUACAGCAGCUGAGAACAGAGCUACAGGAUAUGGAGGCUCAGCAGGUUAGCGAAGCUGAGUCAGCAAAAGAACAACUUCAAGACCUCCAAGAACAGAUUGCAACCCACAAAAUGGCCAAACAAGAAGUGGAGGCUGAGCUGGAACGGCAAAAGCAGGAACUCCAUUACAAUGAGGAAGAAUUGUAUCGGACAAAGAAUACCUUGCAAAGCAGAAUAAAAGACAGAGAGGAAGAAAUUCAAAAACUCAGAAAUCAGCUCACAAACAAGGCUUUGAGCAGCAGUAGUCAGUCAGAGCUGGAAAAUCGGCUUCAUCAGCUGACCGAGACUCUGAUUCAGAAGCAGACCAUGUUGGAGAGUCUCAGCACAGAGAAGAACUCCCUCGUCUAUCAACUGGAACGCCUUGAGCAACAGCUUAAGACUAUCCAAGGCAGUAGUACUAAUGGACCUGCAAUUAAUAUGGCAGGAAUUGACAGUGGUGAAGGUACUCGCAUGCGCAGUGUUCCUGUCCUUUUUAGUGAUGUGGAUGCUAACAUGGCAGGAAUGUAUGGAAGAGUUCGCAAAGCUGCCAGUAGUAUAGACCAGUUUAGCAUUCGAUUGGGAAUCUUUCUAAGACGGUAUCCCAUAGCAAGGGUAUUUGUAAUCAUUUAUAUGGCAUUGCUUCACCUCUGGGUCAUGAUUGUUCUGCUUACCUACACCCCAGAAAUGCACCAUGAUGGUCCAACGGGCAAAUAGACUGAGACAUACUUUAUGCUAGUGCUCACUAUAUUCUGGACUGCGUGUAUAUAAAGUGAUUAGUACUGAAAUAUGGGGGAAAUCACAUUCCUGGCAUAAUCUAUGGAAAAAAAACAACCAUCAUGCUUGUUUUAUCACUACUUUUUAAAACUUAAAUUAUUGGACAAAUAUUACCAUGUAGCUUCUUCAAUUUACUUAAAACAGCAGCAGUUUCCAGGGAAAAGGCAGUUGUAAAGCUAAACAUAGCCUUUACAUUUUACAUAAAUCUUCUGAUGGUUCAUGUACAACAUAAGAUUCACACCUGCAUAGAGAUACAAGGAUUUCUAAGAGUACAACUAUAUAUGGUACAUACUUUAGAUCAUACUGGACAUGGGCUAUAAUCAGGGAAUCUAAUUGUACUUAGCAAUUUAAAUAAAAUUUAUUCUUCCUGUU